GCCCAAUUUAAAAAUUCAGUUCUGACAAAUGGGUUAGAAUAAUGAAAAUAUGCUGGGAAAUGGUUGGGAGCUUCACUGACUCAUUGAGCAGGGUCCUUGCAAUUUGUCUGUGAUUCUAUGAUUUUUCACAGACACGGGGCUUCUGAUUGAAGUAAAUAAUCAUCAUGUCUGACCCUGUUGUUCUGCGUAGCAUCAAGAGAUUGGGAGAGGAUAACUAUGCUUUUGACUUGGAUGGUAAAUGUAACAGCUUGAAGAAAUCAGAGAAUUUCUAUACAUAUGAAGAACCUUUUAUAGAGAAGAAAAGUGAAAAGUCAUCAAAGAAGAAAGAAAACAGUGUUCGUGUUGGCUUCUUUCAGCUGUUUCGAUUUGCUUCAUCUACGGAGAUUUUAAUGAUGGUCGUUGGUAGUUUCUGUGCUAUUGUUCAUGGAAUAGCCCAACCAGCUGUGUUGCUUGUGUUUGGUGCAAUGGCAGACACAUUUAUUGAAUAUGACAUUGAAAUGCAAGAGCUUAAAGACCCAAACAAGACAUGUGUAAAUAACACCAUAGUGUGGAUUAAUGGUACUAUUCAUCAGAAUGAAAAGAAUGUCACAGUAAGAUGUGGGCUGCUGGAUAUUGAACAAGAAAUGACCAGAUUUGCAGGAUACUAUGCAGGAAUUGGUUGUGCCAUACUCGUGUUAGGAUACCUCCAAAUCUGCUUUUGGGUUAUGUCUGCAGCUCGUCAGAUACAGAAAAUCAGGAAAGCUUAUUUCAGGAAAAUAAUGCGAAUGGAUAUAGGCUGGUUUGACUGUACAUCUGUAGGAGAACUGAACACCCGAAUUUCUGAUGAUGUUAACAAAAUUAAUGAGGCUAUUGCUGACCAAGCAGCAAUCUUUAUCCAGCGCAUAACCACUUUUGUGUGUGGAUUCCUACUGGGAUUUGUCAGUGGCUGGAAAUUGACCUUGGUUAUCAUUGCAGUCAGCCCUUUGCUUGGGAUUGGAGCGGCUAUCUAUGGCUUGGCUGUGGCAAAACUAACAGGACGAGAAUUAAAGGCUUAUGCAAAAGCUGGAGCUGUGGCUGAUGAAGUGCUCUCAUCCAUCAGAACAGUGGCUGCUUUUGGUGGGGAGAAGAAAGAAGUUGAAAGAUAUGAUAAGAAUCUGGUGUUUGCUCAGCACUGGGGAAUUCGAAAAGGAAUAAUAAUGGGAUUAUUCACUGGUUACAUGUGGUGUAUAAUUUUCCUAAGUUAUGCAUUAGCCUUUUGGUAUGGUUCUAAACUUGUCCUUGAAGAAGAAGAGUAUUCACCUGGCACUCUUCUGCAGGUUUUCUUUGGUGUUUUAGUAGGAGCAUUAAAUCUUGGCCAGGCAUCUCCCUGUCUGGAAGCCUUUGCCACCGGUCGUGGGGCUGCAGCAGACAUUUUUGAGACAAUAGAUAAAAAACCCACCAUUGACUGCAUGUCAGAAGAUGGCUACAAGCUGGAUAAAGUACGAGGUGAAAUUGAAUUUCAUAAUGUAACAUUUCAUUAUCCCUCCAGACCAGACAUAAAGAUUUUGGAUAACCUUAAUAUGGUUAUUAAAGCAGGGGAGACAACAGCUUUUGUUGGAGCUAGUGGAGCUGGGAAAAGUACAACGAUGCAGCUCAUCCAGCGUUUCUAUGACCCCACUGAAGGCAUGAUUACCCUGGAUGGCCAUGACAUUCGUUCCCUGAAUAUCCAGUGGCUGCGCUCACAGAUUGGCAUUGUUGAACAAGAGCCAGUGCUCUUCGCCACCACGAUUGCAGAGAACAUUCGCUAUGGGCGGGAUGAGGCUACCAUGGAAGACAUAAUCAAAGCAGCCAAACAGGCCAAUGCUUACAAUUUCAUCAUGGACUUACCACAGAAAUUUGACACUCACGUUGGAGAGGGUGGAAGCCAGAUGAGUGGAGGUCAAAAACAGAGGAUAGCUAUUGCUCGAGCUUUGGUGCGAAACCCCAAAAUCCUGCUACUGGAUAUGGCUACGUCAGCACUUGAUAAUGAAAGUGAAGCUAUUGUCCAAGAAGCACUUCAUAAGGCUCGCCUUGGCCGCACAGCGAUCUCGAUAGCUCACCGCCUGUCAACCGUCAAAGCCGCCGAUGUCAUCGUGGGGUUUGAGCACGGAAGGGCUGUAGAGCGAGGAACUCAUGAGGAACUCUUGAAGAGGAAAGGGGUUUAUUUCAUGUUGGUGACCUUGCAAAGCAAAGGAGACCCAGCACCUACUACAGAAGAAACAGAAAGUAAAUCAGCAGCAGAGGAUGAUGUGGUUGAGCCAACUCUUGAGAAAGUCCAGUCAUUCAGCAGAGGAAGCUAUCGGGCCAGUUUGAGAGCUUCACUUCGGGAGCGCUCGAGAUCUCAGCUCUCUAAUAUGGUCCCUGAGCCUCCAUUAUCUAUAGGAGGAGAUCAUGCAGAGUCUACGUAUCUUACGUCUUCUUAUGGAGAAGAUGACGGAAAAGCAAGAAAGGAAUCCGUUGUGGAGGAAGACGCCAGGCCUGUAUCAUUUACCAGAAUUUUGAAAUACAAUGCCUCUGAAUGGCCAUACCUGGUGCUUGGAUCUCUGGCAGCAGCUAUGAAUGGAGCAGUCAAUCCACUCUAUGCUUUGUUAUUCAGUCAGAUUCUUGGGACCUUCUCCAUUCUUGAUGAAGAAGAACAAAAUACCCAGAUCAAUGGUGUCUGUGUGCUCUUUGUCUUGGUGGGAGUUCUUUCAUUUUUCACACAGUUUCUACAGGGAUACACCUUUGCCAAGUCUGGUGAGCUGCUUACAAGGCGCUUAAGGAAAAUUGGCUUCCAGGCUAUGCUGGGGCAAGACAUUGGCUGGUUUGAUGACCGGAAGAACAGCCCUGGGGCUUUGACUACAAGACUUGCAACAGAUGCCUCACAGGUCCAAGGGGCAACUGGAUCACAGAUAGGAAUGAUUGUCAAUUCCUUUACUAACAUUGGUGUGGCCAUGAUCAUUUCUUUCUACUUCAGCUGGAAACUGACCUUAGUUAUAUUGUGUUUCCUGCCAUUUUUGGCCUUAUCUGGAGCUGUGCAGGCUAAAAUGCUGACAGGAUUUGCCUCACAGGACAAGAAAGCACUGGAAGCUACUGGACGGAUUGCCAGUGAAGCUGUCUCUAACAUCAGGACAGUAGCUGGGAUAGGGAAAGAGAAAAUGUUUAUCAACAAUUUUGAGAAGCACCUGAAUAUGCCCUAUAGAGCUGCAAUCAAAAAAGCACACGUUUAUGGGCUCUGCUUUGGCUUUGCCCAGAGCAUAGUGUUCAUUGCCAACUCUGUCUCCUACAGAUACGGGGGGUUUCUAGUUGACUCUGAAGGACUCCAUUACAGCUUUGUGUUCAGGGUGAUCUCUGCUAUAGUCACCAGUGGAACUGCUUUGGGAAAAGCUUCUUCCUAUACCCCAAACUAUGCCAAAGCCAAAACAUCUGCUGCACGCUUUUUUCAACUGGUCGAUCGGCUUCCUAAAAUCAGUGUUUACAGUGAAAAAGGGGAAAAAUGGGAGGAUUUCAAGGGAAGCGUUGAAUUUCUUAAUUGUAAAUUUACAUACCCUUCUCGGCCUGAUAUUCAGGUUCUGAAAGGACUCUCUAUCGCUGUUAAGCCUGGACAGACUUUAGCAUUUGUUGGAAGUAGUGGUUGUGGUAAGAGCACCAGUGUCCAGCUUCUGGAGCGUUUCUAUGACCCUGACAAAGGAAGUGUGUUAAUAGAUGGACAUGACUCUAAGAACAUAAAUGUACAGUUUCUUAGAUCAAAAAUUGGAAUAGUGUCACAGGAGCCCGUGCUAUUUGACUGCAGCAUUGCUGAUAAUAUCAAAUAUGGCAGUAACACGAAAGAGGCGACCAUGGAAAAAGUCAUAGAAGCAGCCCAGAAGGCUCAACUGCAUGAUUUUGUCAUGUCCUUGCCUAAUAAAUAUGAAACUAAUGUUGGGGCACAAGGAUCCCAGCUGUCUCGUGGGCAAAAGCAACGCAUUGCCAUAGCGAGGGCCAUCAUCCGAGAUCCUAAAAUUUUAUUACUGGAUGAAGCUACCUCUGCCUUAGACACGGAAAGCGAAAAGACUGUGCAGGCAGCGCUGGAUAAGGCCAGAGAAGGGAGGACCUGCAUCGUCAUUGCCCACCGCUUGUCCACCAUCCAGAACGCCGACAUCAUUGCGGUGAUGUCCCAGGGACUCGUCAUUGAAAGGGGCACUCAUGAUGAACUGAUGGCCAUGGAGGGAGCCUACUGGAAACUUGUUACUACUGGAGCCCCUAUUAGCUGAAUUACUGUGAUUCUAAAUUAGAAAGAUUUCUGUAAACAAACUGUGAGGCCUGUGGAACACUGAAGGUAUGCAUCAAGCUCUGCAUCAAGCACAUUUGUCCAGCACAUGCAGGGAACUAGGCACAGGCUAAUGCAUUCAGGAAGUAAAUUAGCCCACUGACAGGGGAAAGCAAGCCUGAAAAUGGGAAGGAUCUUUUCUGAUGAUCUGUGGAAUUGCCACUAGCUGCAGUCAGGCUGCACAGUCCUGUCAUGCCUCAACUAGCAAUCAAGGAAGACUCUGCUCCAGUGUUCUGGAGACUGCCCCUUCUCUAGGUAAGCUGAAUGAGUGAAAACAAUCCCAGGAAUGAUGCUGUACAUAUGAAGGGAUCACAUCUCUCCUAAUGUUCAGUCUGCAGAGGAUUACAGCAGAUCCCUUUCCUGUGGGUACAGAACCCCCACCCUUUCACCCCGUCGUACCACACAGGUCAGCUGUGCUGAGGAGGAGGCUGCACUUCCCCCGUGUGUGGCCACAGCACUGACACCACGGUGCCCCUUCAACAAAACCAGGAAGUACUUACAAAGAAGGCAGCUCCACAAAAGUAAGGAAAGCAAUCAAGGCGAGGAACAGAAGGUGGUGAGGAUCAUUUCCUAGCCCACCACUCUCCACCUAGCACUCACCAUUCUAAUCAAAGCUGUCAAAUAGAUUUUUGAAUAGGAAUACAUGCUUUGGAUAAAUUAAUGUGAAAUCCUACAGUUAAUCAUCAGUUAUUUAAACCAGUUCUUUUUUUUUUUUUUGAAGGCAAGACAAUAAUGUGUAUUUUUAUAGAAAUCAUAAUCAGUAAAGGUGGAAAAAACCCCAUAAUUAGCUCUUUGUUUGCAUUAAAUACAGCUGAUAAACAUCAACAAUGCAUUCAGAUAUGACAAAGGUCAAGAAGGAGCUUCUUUUGGCAGAAGCUUGUAUCUAUCAGUUUAUUACAAGAUCUACUGCAGGUUUCUCUGAAAUAUGAGUUAUUGUCUGCAGCACAACAGCAGUCUUUGCUUUAGUGACUAGGAUCUUGGAGACAAAGCAGAUAGACUGAAAGUCUAAAUUACAGUUCCAACAUUUAAAUAUUGAUUUUGAAUAAUAGAGUAUUAACCAGAAAAGUCAUUCUCCAUGUCCUAAAAUCUGCAGGGCAGGGGGCGGUUCCACUCACUUUAUAAAAAAAUCACACCACUUUUUAUAAAACUAUGUAACAGUAUCAGUAAUUGAAUAGAGCUGUAAGGACGAAAAUUUUAUUAGGAUACAUCCCUUAAUUCCAGGCAGCAAAACCCAAUUUCAACUUUUGUACAAAUCCAUUAAUAGAAUUGCUGCCAAAGUCCCUACUGAACUCACACAGCUGGCACUGAAAUGGCUGUUUUCUCAAGGAAGUCUGUAUUUUAAACCUUAACUAGAAAUUAAAAAAAAAACUGCAUUAUUUGCUUUAAUAUUUUCAGCCUUUUUAUGUUUCAGAGCAAUAAUUAGUUUGAUGGCUUAGGACUGAAAAUAUCGACAGAGUAUCAAUAUAUAUAUCAGUAUGAAUAAGCUACUGACAUACCUAUAUGAUAUUUAAUUUAUAUUAGUAUUUAAGGCCAUGGAAAAAUAAUGACUCUGUAUUAAAAACUACCAUGACUAUGUGUACUUAUUUCAUAAUUCUUUUGCCUAAAAGGACACCAUUUUCAUGACCCAAAUUAAACCAAUGAAUUGUA